AUGAUGCUUCAAAGAAGCUGCAUUGUACUUUUCUCUCUUUCUUUGUUCGUCCCACACAUGUGUUUCGCCAUGCUCAACAAAACUCUCCUUCUCUUACCACAUCCCGACCCUGAACUAGUCGCUCUUGAUGUUCAUAGGAGAGUAAAUGCUUCUAUAUCAAGACGUCAAGCUCUGGACACGACGGACCAAGCCGGUUCAAGCCCAUGCUUCACCGGGAACCCAAUCGAUGACUGUUGGAAAUGUGACCCAAACUGGCCCAAUAACCGACAAGGGCUAGCCGAUUGCGGAAUCGGGUUCGGACAGUACGCCUUGGGAGGCAAAGGCGGUCGGUUUUACUUCGUCACUGAUUCUUCCGACCAUGAUGUGGUCGACCCUAAACCGGGCACUCUCAGAUACGGAGUGAUACAAGUAGAGCCAUUGUGGAUAGUGUUCCCAAGCAACAUGAUGAUUAAACUAAAGCAAGAGCUAAUAUUCAAUAGUUACAAGACACUUGAUGGAAGAGGAGCCAAUGUUCAUAUUGUUGGUGGUGGUUGCAUCACUCUUCAAUAUGUCUCUAAUGUCAUCAUUCACAAUAUUCAUAUCCACCAUUGUUACCAAUCCGGUAAUUUACUCUCUUUUUUACUGUCAUUAAUUGUAACAAUUGCGUUUAAUCACUUUGGAGAGAAAUUGGUACAAAGGAUGCCAAGGUGUCGACGUGGAUAUAUCCACGUGGUUAAUAACGAUUUCACUCAAUGGGAAAUGUAUGCGAUUGGUGGUAGCGGUAACCCAACUAUUAAUAGUCAGGGUAACCGCUAUACCGCUCCAACGAACCCAUUUGCCAAAGAGGUGACUAAAAGAGUAGAAACGCCAGAUGGCGAUUGGAAAGGGUGGAAUUGGAGAUCGGAGGGAGACGUUUUGGUGAACGGAGCGUUCUUCAUAGCGUCUGGAGAAGGUGCGGAAAUGAGGUACGAGAAAGCGUACAGCGUCGAGCCUAAAUCCGCCUCGUUCAUCGACCAAAUCACGUUUCAUUCUGGCGUUCUCGGCGUUGGCGGCAGGAAUAACAAUUUGGGGAUGUGGACUACUACUGGAUCCGAAGGUAAUGGCGGUUUAGAUUCUUAUAAUGACUAUACCGAUGAAAUGUCUGGAACUGGUUCAACUAACCGUUUAUCUUUUUCGGUUAUUGUUUUAGCUUUCAUGCUCAAUUUGUUAUCAUAUUUGGUCAUGUUCACUUCUUCGACCCCAAGUGUUUAUGUUGUUGUAACAUGA